CGUACACCGUCCCCGCAUUCCGCUCGCAAUUUGGUCCGCAACGAGCCCUGACAUCCAUUGUUCCCUCCUCAACCGGCCUAGAUAAGGCACACCAUCUGCGGUGUUGCAGCUGCCGGAUUGUGGUCUAUGGUCUACGAGCACUUCUCGGAUUGGAAGACGAGGGCGAGGGCGAGGGCGAGGAGAAAAAACAGGGGCGAGAAGCGUUAGGUGAGAGGAAUUAGUGUUCAGAGGGAGGUGCCCCUCGCUGGACAUGAAUUGGAGCGGUUGUGGUGAGCAUUUGGUGAUGGCGAUGCAUGUAUGAAGCGAGCAGGGAAAGAAGUCGGAUGUGGCGGUGGUGGUAGGGAUGGACUUACAUGCGACCCUCAACUUUUCGGGAAAUAGUUCCGCCAGUGCCAGCACCGCUACAGGCGGAACCUCUACCAGCAGUGUCACGUCAUCUAUUCUGGCAAUCUCCAGCGAUGCUGCGAUUUUGCAAAGGUUGAUAAAGUGUGGAGUGCCUUCAGAAUACCUGGGAAGGGGUAAGGAAGGAGUCGCAGAAUAUGUGAAAGAACACAGGCGUCAGAUUCCAGUGGUCAUCGCUGCGUUAUUGCCUGGACCAGAUGAAAUUCAGGCGGCUUCUUUAUCAGGAGCAGAUGAAGUUCAAGGACCGGGAACACGCAAGGAGUUUCUAAACCAAUGCAGGGAUGCGCUCAAAUGGGUGCAGUGGGCUAUGUUUCAGGGGGAACCACAGGCAGUCUUAGCUGCUGCGGGACAGGGAACUGGAAGCACAAGAGGUGUAUGUGGAGCAGUAUGGGGUAGCAACGAUAUCGCUUACAGAUGUAGGACCUGUGAACACGACCCUACCUGCGCUAUUUGUGUGCCAUGCUUUCAAAAUGGCAAUCAUGCUACACAUGACUACUCCAUGAUUCGUACUGGUGGUGGUUGCUGUGACUGCGGAGAUGUUACUGCUUGGAAACUAUCAGGAUUCUGCUCCAGGCAUUGUGGUCCUGGACAGGUGCCACUGCUGCCGUCUUCUCUUGUAGAAUUUGCUGCACCUGUACUCGAAGCUCUCUUAUUUCAGUGGGUACAUACGUUAAAGGCUGCAGAACUUGUGGCAGAAAACAGGGCAAGAAAGUGGGCUUCUCAGCAGAAGGAUGAAAAGGUUGCAUGCCAAUUAUCAGUGGUGUAUAUUGAAAUGUUGCUGGAAUUCUGCAGUUUUGGUGAACCCAUGCUUGCCUUCACUGCAGAACUCGUGGGUAACAGAAGCUUAGGUCUUUUGGAUACAUUGAUGAGCACAGAAUGCUUUUUACCAAAGAGAUGUGUGAACUCCCUGCACGAACUGUUAUACAAACUUCUGGGAGACACCAACUUCAAACACACUUUUGCACAGACUUUCAUUCUACACUAUCCAUUCUAUUUACGAGAGACCAUCAAAGAGGACGCUGCAGCAGCUGGAACUUCUUCGAGGAGCAAACACCGAGAUCCUGCCGUAGUGAAUAGCUUCUCUGUACAGAUUUUCACGGUUCCGACCCUCACACCCAAGUUGGUGAUGGAAGCUGGUCUUCUGGACAUGCUACUUGAGACACUAAAGGAGUUCUUCUGUGCUUGUGUUGGGGACUAUGGGCGCAUAUCGGUAAGUAAAGGCCCUGUCGUGAAACGGCUUUAUUUUCGUAUUAUAGAGGAUAUAAGAUACGUCAUGACCCAUUUGGAGGUAUCACAAUAUGUUACACAGAAGCGGCCUGAGCUUGCAAGAGCGUGGUUGCACUUGCUUGCGUUCAUUCAAGGCAUGUUUCCACAUAGGCGAAUCACGAGUAUUCACGUCGAAGAAGAGACUGAAGACUGGGGCUCAGCCUACUCAUUGGAGUUUCAAAUGGCGUGCAUUCAUCCCCUAUUUGUUGCAGGAGCUGCAGCAUCCAGCUACUCCGAUGCACGCUCGAAGGAUGAUUUGAUGUGCGAUUCUCAGAGUUACCCCCAGGUAGCUACGUACAAUCCGAAGGGAGGCAUUUCUUCUAACAGGAUCGUUAAUGGUGUAGGCAGUUUGCAAUAUUCUAAUGUAGGAGCUAGUUAUACAGGAACAUGGGUUGCGGACGUAGACAUGUAUGAUGCUACACCUACUCUUGAUCCCACUGAUAGUGUAACGGAACUCAUUCUGCAGCAGAGAGGAAAAAAGGAGUCUGGAAAAGCCUUCAUUGCAGAAAUGCAAGUACCACAUUCUUUGCUGUGGCUUAUUGCUGAGUGUACUCAAGUACUUGACAUCUGGCUUGGUGUAGACGCCUCGAGGGAAUCAGUAAAGUCAGGGCAGUUGGCUACUGAUGCUAGUCAGGUUGCAGGAAUUCGAAGAAGCACUAGAUGGCGAGGUAGAGGGGGUAGAGGAAUUAGGGAUUCUCCUACUCAGACUACUGGUGGUCAAAUUCGGGAAUGGUUGCGACGCAGCCGACGACUUCCUCUUGAACCACGAGUGUGGCCAGAGGUUGCUCCAGAGCAAGCUGCAAUGGGCACCAAUUCUGGAAUUCAAGUUUCUGAUAUGGAUGUCGAAAUACAGAUUCCCCGUGAAGGCUGGGAUAAUAGAGCUGCAGAGUGGUGGAUGGGACCUGAAGCAUCAACCUCAUCAACUAUAGGCCAGCUUGUCGAGGAUGACGAAUGGCCAACAAUAGAGUUCGAUGUUAGUAGGCAGGAUGUAUCUUUUCACAUCCCGUUACAUCGUAUGCUGGCACUCUUACUUCAUAAAACACUUGAGUUUUAUUCAGCCAAACAGGAUACACCUUCUAGCAAAGAAAGAAUAAUGCCCAAUUUUGGCUCUGUUGAUGACGGGAGGUUAUUCUUGGAACAAGUUCUUCCACCAAAGUUUCGUGUGCCAGGAUUCGCUGCCGUUGUGAUGGAGCAUCCUCUUCGUUUGCAAGUUUUGUGUGCUCAAGUUCAGGUUGGCAUGUGGCGACGGAAUGGCCAUGCAACUAGUGCAUUAUGUGACCUCUACCAUACUGUUCAUUGGUGUGAAGAUAGUCUGGAGCUUGACGUGUUCCUACUCCAAUGUUGCGCUGUCCUUGCACCUUGUGAAGCCUUUGUGGAGCGUAUUGUAGCUCGAUUCUCGCUUUCUGACUACUUCACCCUUUCAGUUUAUCGUCUCAAUGAAUACCAGGUUACUCUGGCGCAGGAACUACUUAUUCUGUUGAUCAGGAUAGUUUCUGAGCGAGGUUUCUGUGGAUUGACCGAGAAACAGUCUUUACGACGGGAGUUAGUACAACGGUUAGCUGUUGGGGAUGCUACUCGCAGCUACCUACUGAAAGCUCUACCUCCACGGUUACAAGAUAGCAAGCACUUGCAAGAAUGUUUAAAUGCAGUAGCAACAUAUCGCAAUCCUUCUGGAAUGCAGCAGGGUAAGUAUGUAUUGAGGGAAGACUGCUGGCGUGAGUUGGACCUCUAUCAUCCACGAUGGAGUCCCCGGGAGCUUCAAUUAGCAGAGGAGCGUUAUUUGAGGGCAUGCAGAGCACCUGCUGUGUUUCUGCAAUUACCUCACUGGUCGCAGCCAUUGGCAGCUUUACGGGGUUUGGGACAGUUGAUUACUUCUCCUUCGGUUCAUGAUAUGUUGCGUUGUAUUUUCUUCCAUGCAGUCUACACUGAAGACCCAUCCAAUUCGCGUGCUCCAGAAGAGCUCCUUCUGCACGCUCUUCAUCUACUUGCCCUAGCUCUCGAUGUCUGUAAAUCUCAAAUCAAAGUUGGUGGCGAAAGUAAAGCGGAUAUCGACUUUUCUCUGCGUGAUUUGAACACCUCAAGUAGUAACCAUGUUGAAAAUCUUCCGCCACUAUUGCUUCGCAGCAUUGAAAGAGUAGCUGUAGGAAGAGCCGAUCUUUCUAUUAUGCCAGAGCACCAGAGUAUGCUAUCUUUACUGGUGUUGCUUCUGCGAAAACGCGAUCGCGAUGGAGCGGGUGAAGCGGGAUCUUACGGUUUUGGAGAUUUAAUAAAGAAACUGUUGAGAAGUUUUGCAGAAUUGAACAGGGCGUGCAUGUACGAGAUAGAAUCUCUUGAUCCGGAGAUCCUUCAUCGUGUGUCUGUUAGCGCCACACUCAAGAUUGGUAGAGCUGGAGAAAUAAAUUUCAAAGACGAUAUCUCCGUGUCUGAGUCCGAUAGACGAAGAGCUAUCGCACGAGAACGCCAGGCUGCUGCUAUGGCAAAAAUGAAAGCUGCGCAAGAUAUGUUUGUGAUCAAUUAUAAGACAACAGAGGAGAGCAACUGUUCAGGGAAGGGUGAUGAAACAGAAGCAAAACGUCCUAAGGAGUCCGGGGGUGGGAGUGAUGAGUCAAGUGAGGAUAUACAAGUUACUCAUUGUGCACUUUGCCGAGAUGCAGCGAGUAAUAGUCCCUUAUGUUUCAUGGUCCUUAUUCAGAGAUCAAAACUGCUCGCAGUUGCUGAAAAACCUACUCCAUCCUGGAAGCAUAGCAUAGUUACACUGGCAGAACAUGUAGAGAGAGAAUCUGAAGCAUCUGAUGGAGUAAACACUGCUGCGGGGUUAGGCCCGGAUGAUACAAGAUAUUUUCAUAGCACAGCAGAGCUUUUGCGAUGGAUUCAAGAUGCUAUUGGGGAUACUCAAACCCGCACUCGCCUGCUCGAUGGUGAGGACUUACUGGAACUUAUCCGAAAUGGGCCUGGUAUCCGUAACCCUCUUCGUGUGACUCCCGAGUUUUUACUGAACUGGGAUGUAACUGCGAUACCGGCAGACACUGAAUUGGAAGAAAUCAAAUCUGGUAGUGAGAUAAUUUGCACUGAAAACAGUAAUGAAGUUGGAACCAAUGAAGCAACAGGAAGUAUGGAUGUGAAUUGGUGGGAGGACAAUUACAGUAAGGCUGAUCAAGGGGAGAGUAGCACAAACAGAGACAAGGCCAUGGCAACUGUUCUAGCAGAAUAUGUGGCUACAGCUUUCUGUCGAGGACAGUCUCGACCUCAGGAACGGACUCGUUAUGGAAGAAACGAGUUUCCUAGGCAUGCAGUUCCAGAAAUAGGAAGAGAAGGUGUUACCCGAAGCAGGAGAGGACCUUCUCGGAUUUCUUUGGCAAUGUCUGAAGCUACACGCUACAAAAGCAAUGACACCGUGGGUAUCCAUAUGUCUGCUUGUGGACAUGCUAUGCAUCAAGAGUGUUGUGACCGCUACUUUUCCUCUCUUUUGCAGAGAUCCUACAGCAGAGCUUUGUUUGAAGGAGUUCAGAUAGUGGACCUUGACAUGGGGGAGUUUCUCUGCCCAGUUUGUCGUCGACUAGCGAACGCAAUUCUGCCAGUUUUGCCUGGUCAAACAGGGUUAAGCAGUUCUUUCAAAGCUCCAAGCGUCGCUCAGCUUUCGCCUAGUGUUUCUUCUAGUUCUGCGAUACUACAGGUGGACCAUGCAUUGCGACUGCUUGUUAAGGCUGAAGAAUUGGUUUCCAGGUCGGAAUUUCGCAAAGUGGCUGAUCCACAGCUUCCUCAGAAUGUUAAUGUGGUUUUGGAGGAUCUUGCAAAACGACUUUAUGGAUUGUUUUAUGCCGAGAAGGGCCUCUUCAUAUCACCAAGCUCUGUUCAGGGUCAUGUACAUCAAGGGUUACUUCUUUGGAAUGUCUUUAAAUACUCCCUCAUUUCUGCAGAGUUGGCUGCUCGUAGCCAGAAGUUUUUGGAGGGUACUGGCAAUAGUUUGAUCGCAUUAGUGGAAAUGGGUGAGUCGUCACACGGGUCUGUGUUGCCUCUUUUACUUCAUGCUGCGAAAGCGACACAAAGUCAGAGUCGACAAGCGGUUUUACUUCGGGCUCGUGGAAUGCAACUAUCAUUGGAUACUAUUGUUAACGGUGUGUCUAGAGAUAUGCACUCAAACGGCGUUCCAACUGGUUUGCUUGGCAAUUAUUCUUCUCUUUUGCAAUAUUUAGAAAAGGACAAUGAUUCUGUAGACGUGCAGCUAUGGAAGAGAUUGGCUGAUCCAAUUUUAGUCCAUGACGCCUUUUCAUCCUUCACAUGGCUGCUUUUCUGUCUGCCCCUGCCAUUUCCUGCAAAUGGUGCACCGUUUUCCGCACUUGUUCAUCUCUUCUAUUUAGUGACUAUCAUUCAGAUUGUAGCGCAGCUGGGAUCGUUUGCAGCGUCGAGUACUGAAUUGACACCAUCAGCGCGUUCCUUAAUUACAGCAGUACAGAGAGGGCUGACAGGAACGGUUCUUGAGCACUCUUCAGGGGACAGUAAUGUUCCUCCAGGGUCUAUUCUGGUUUAUAUUCGGCGCUGUACUUUGCCUUUCCUACGCCGAUGCUAUCUUUUACAAAACCUGAUGUCUGGUAACACACAAGUCCUCCCGGUUGCUACAGCUCAUCAAUGGGAGCUUUCUCAGAGUCAGAGACAAUCAACAGGAGCCGGAUCGGUUUCUGGGGACACUAAAUAUGCAGGGGAACAGGUGCUUCUGGAGAUUGAGCAGUUGGAUCAGCUGGAAAAGAUCUUUUUAAUUCCUUCGUUGGGAAAGAUUUUUGAGCAGGAUACAGUUCAGCAGCUUGUUCAAGUAUGGUGCAAGCAUGUUAAGUCAGAUAGUGAACCUCGAGGAAUCCAAUAUAGUCCACGAGUAACCACAGCAUCUCCUUUUAGAUUGAUGCAAUUGCCACAUUUGUUUCAGGAUCUUAUGCAACGGUAUGUGAAAGAGCGUUGUCCUCUCUGUAAGACAGUUCCUGAUAAGCCUGCUAUAUGCUUAUUGUGUGGAGCUCUUUGUUGUGCAGUUAGUUCACGUCUCUGUUGCAGUGUGAACAGGCAAGGGGAAUGUACCAGGCAUUCAAUUAAAUGCGGAGCAGGCAUUGGUAUUUUUUUGAUGCUACGGAGGACCAAUAUUCUAUUGCAACGAUGUGGACGGCAAGCUAUGUGGCCAUCACCCUAUCUAGAUGCUUUUGGAGAAGAGGACCUUGAGUUACGUAGAGGCAAGCCAUUGUUUCUUAGCCACGAACGAUAUGCUGCCCUUACUGAUAUGGUGGCAGCACAUGGGUUGGAUUACAGCUCACCAGUUUUGUCGCACACGACACGAGACAUCCUGUUGUGAAUCACUUGCUUGGAUCAUUUUGACUGGUGUUUCCUUUUAAUAUGCAUCAAGCAGAGGUAAAUUUGAUUGUUCCAUCAUCGUCACUUGUAGUGUACACUCUAUUGACAUGGCUACUUUAAAUAUUUUUUGCAGCUGAGGGAACAAAGCCCUAGACAGGACUAUCUCUCGAUUAGCUUCUAGAGUGUACGGAAUAGCUCUUUCCUGUGCAUUUUUUGACUUCUGUACUUUGCACUAUUGAACUGAUGCCUCUGUUUCGUUUGAAAUAGAAAUAGAGAUAUAGUUUUUUGGGAUCCACUGCUGGGCUGAUGAAACCAUUGGAUCUGUAGUAGCUGGUACCUUCAUCUGCAGGAUUAUGUGAUGUCAACCUCUGAACAGGUGAGGAUAAAAAAAUAUCAUAAAUCUACUACUUUUUAUAUAGCGCAGUCAUUUUUCCUGCUCUUUUACACAGCGAGGGUUUUCACCACUACUUUGAAGCUGUGCAGCUCAUCCACAUUCAUAACUAUGCAGCGUCAGAAAUUUUAGUUUCAGGGCACAGAAACUUUGUGUUUCUUAAAAUUGCUCGGUUAUAAACUUCGUAACUACACAUCUGAUUCUCGCUUGGUUUUGAACUUAUUGUGUGAAAUCUAUGCCCACGGGGACUAACUUGUGAAGUUAUGCAGAUCUUCAUCAGCCUCUAGAUGGACUAGAUUGACAAGAGGACCUGCAAUCAAAGAUUCCUGUGCAUAAGGUUUCGAGUGUAAAUGCUUUAGUUAUGUAUGAAGGAUUGGAUUCUUGGAAUAGGUGGAGGAUUUUUUUAAAGAUAUUUUGACCACUAUACUGAUUAGUGAAGGUUGUCAAGCCAGCAGGAUGCGGAGACAAUCACUUCCCCGAGUUGGCUUAAAAAUAAGAAAUUGGCCUUCCAAAUUAAUGGGUAGUUGCUCCCGAGGCAAAUCAUUCUGGGAUAUGUACAUUUUUAUAAUACAAUUAGUGUUGUAGCUGCUAUAACUGAACUACAAAUCAUUUGAUA